AUGAAAAAUCUGAAACCCGAAGAUAACUUUAGCAACAGUUUAGAUCGAGAAUUGCGAGCUGAACAAAAUGAUGACUUUGAACAAUAGUAUUUGGAAUUUUGUCUGAAGGAAUCUCGGCCCAGCAGCGUUUUUCAAAAUGGUAUGUUCUCUUCGAGUAGAAUAGAUAAAACUCCAGAUAUCACAUAUACCCCAAAACCGGAGUAAGAUUUUCUCUAGAACGAUGUAAUUUCGUUAUCAGAGAUGCAGACUCAAUUCAAUAAAACCUCUAAGGAUACUGGGUCAAGCCUCAUGACCUUUUUUUUUAUUCGAAGAUUUUUAGAGAAGGUUGGAUAAAAAAGACGAAAACUAGAGACUUUAAAUUACAGUAUUUUAAAUUUAAUAAGUGAUAAAGCAUCUGAAAAGUAAUGUUAUACUCUAAAUGUAGUUCAAAUGUGAUAGCGUAUGCCAAAUAGUUUUAGCGCAAAGAACUAUCAUUCAUAACUGUUUAAAGAAUAUUGACUUAAUAAAUAAUUAAACGACGAACACUCGAGGAAUUCAAGGAAUCUUUUGAGCAUAUACAAAGAUAGUUUUUCAAAUUUUUAUUAUUGGUUAUCUCUUGCAUACCAUUAAUUUAACCAGAAAGCAUGUUAAAGAUGUACUGGGAUUUCUUCGUCACUUUCAUUAGAGGAAUACUGGUAUUUUUGGUACCUUUAGAAAUUUCAUUUAAUUCAAGAAUUUUANAAUAGAAAUAACUAUCCAAAAUAAAUCCCCUGAAGUUUCUAGUUAUAAUACUCAAACACUUUGAUUAAUAGUUUAUUUAAUAGAUGGAACAAAUAUAGGAUUCCGUAGAUUGGAAAAGGGAGAUUUAAGUUAGAAUUUCAUUAUGUUUAACCACUCCUAUGAAUUACUCAAUAAAGAAUUUUGAAUCAAUUUAGAAAAUUAAAGAGUAAACUAAUUCAUUAAUAGAAUAUAUAAUUCAAAUAGUCAGACUUUGA